GAUAAAGUUUGUGUGGUGAUUUGGGCAGUCAACUCGGGACGCUGAAUCAUACAUUGAAUUGCUUGCGACCAAUCAUCACGAUGCUGUCCCGUCUUGCUCGCUCGGUCCGCGCCGGCCCGGUCCGCGCCCGCUUCAUGGCGACCGUCUCCGACAACAUGACGGUCCGCGACGCCUUGAACACGGCCAUGGACGAGGAGCUUGCCCGCGACGAGAGCGUCUUCCUCAUGGGCGAAGAGGUCGCCAAGUACAACGGCGCGUACAAGGUCUCCAAGGGCCUCUACGACAAGUACGGCGAGAAGCGCAUCUGGGACACGCCUAUCACGGAAAUGGGCUUCACCGGUCUCUGCGUCGGCGCCGCGUACCAUGGCACCAAGCCCAUCGUCGAGUUUAUGACGUUCAACUUUGCCAUGCAGGCCAUCGAUCAGAUCAUCAACUCGGCCGCCAAGCAGUUUUACAUGUCCAACGGUGACAUCAACGUCCCGAUCGUCUUCCGCGGCUCCAACGGUGUCGCCGCUGGCGUCGCUGCCCAGCACUCGCAGUGCUUUGCCGCCUGGUACGGCUCGGUGCCCGGCCUCAAGGUCGUCGUCCCGUACGAUGCCGAGGAUGCCCGUGGUCUCCUCAAGGCCGCGAUCCGUGACCCGAACCCGGUCGUCGUCUUGGAAAACGAACUCCUCUACGGUGUCUCGUUCCCCGUGAGCAAGGAGGCCCAGGACAAGGACUUUGUCAUCCCGUUUGGCAAGGCCAAGAUCAUGAAGGCCGGCAAGGACGUGACGAUCGUCACGUUCUCGCGCAUGGUCGCCGUCGCGAUCGAAGCCGCCGCCGAGCUCGCCAAGGAAGGCAUUGACGUCGAGGUCAUCAACCUCCGCUCGAUCCGCCCGCUCGACCGCGACACGAUUAUCGAGUCGGUCAAGAAGACGUCGCGCAUCGUCUCGGUCGAAGAAGGCUGGGGUCAGCACGGCAUUGGCGCCGAAAUCGCCGGUAUCCUCAUGGAAACCGAGGCCUUUGAUUAUUUGGACGCGCCCAUGGAGCGCGUGACGGGCGCCGACAUCCCGAUGCCGUACGCCGAGAACCUCGAGCGCAUCGCCGUGCCCCAGGUCCACGACAUCAUUGCCGCCGUCAAGCGCACGACGUCCCGCGCUUUGUAAAUGGCGCUGCUAGAUGAUAAAAUUAAACCACCCCCCUCUCGAUGAUACCUCGU